AGUGCCACCAAGCGUUGAAGUUGAGUAACAUUUCAAAGAGGGGUUUUGAACUAAAACAAUGUUUGCACAAAAAGUGAUCUUAACGUGUCAGUGUUUAAGGCUGAAAACUGUGUUCAAUCAAAUAUUUAAAGUCUUAUAGGUUUCUGAAAACCUUCGAAAUAAAAUUGUGAGAAAUAAAAUUGGUGCAUCCUGCGAGAUAAUUUUUCUAAAAAAAGUGUAAAAUAACAAUCAAAGCUAAAAUAUCCUUGAAUCAUCGAAAGGAUUAUAAAAAAAGAAAAUUAAAAUAAAUAGUUAGCAUAACAAGUGACGUAAAUCAUACGACAUACCUAGAUAGAAAAAUAAUUCGGAAAAUUUAUAUUUUAUAUGGUUUAUUUACAAGAAGGCAAGGCCACAUGUAGAAUUAUAGAUCAACAUCCGAACACCACACAAAAAAGGUUUUCGUUUGUUAUUAAUCCGACGUCAACGACGGUCAAACAAUUCCUGGAUCAGAUCGUAACACAAUUUACAUACGAAAAAUUUGAUUUAAUAUUUGAGACAAAAAAUACAAAUCUUAACGAUCAUUUAAAUGCAAAACUUUCCGAAAUUGGCAUCGAAGUGAAGCAACAUUACAAUUUUUUACUUAAACCACUUAACAACAAUACAAACGAUAAAAAAGCAGUGCCAAAAGUCAAAAACAUUGCACCAAAGAUGUUAAAAAAUGAAACAAAUGAAAUGAGUGCAAAACAGCAACAACAGCAGCAAUCAAUAGCAGUUGAAACAGAAAUAUCGUCUGAUGAUGAUUUAGCAUUGGGAGCAUCAGCAAGUCCAACUGAAGACACAUCAAAUUCACCACCAGCGUUACCAGCACUCUUUGACACACCAAUAACGUCGUCAUAUGGAGCAAUUGAAGAUCAAACGACAGUAUUCCGACGAUGCAAUGAUUUUCAAGUAAAAGCAACAUUUGUUGGGCUUGUUAAUCAAGCUAUGACUUGUUAUCUUAACAGUUUACUUCAAGCUUUAUACAUGACACCAGAAUUCCGAAAUGCUUUAUACAAUUGGGAGUUUGAUGGUUCAGGUGAAUCGAAAUCAAUUCCAUUUCAACUUCAAAAGCUUUUCGUAAAUCUUCAAACAUCAAAUAAACUCGCAGUUGAAACAACUGACCUUACAAAGAGUUUUGGGUGGGAUUCAACUGAAGCAUGGCAACAACAUGACAUACAAGAACUUUGUCGUGUGAUGUUUGAUGCACUUGAACAGAAAUUUAAGAAUACAAAGCAAGCUGAUCUCAUCAAUUGUUUGUAUGAAGGAAAAAUGAUUGAUUAUGUAAAAUGUUUGGAAUGCGAAACAGAGAAGAGUCGUGAAGAUACUUUCUUAGAUAUUCCUCUUCCUGUUCGACCAUUUGGCAGUUCAGUUGCUUAUGAAAGUGUUGAAGAGGCAUUAAAAGCAUUUGUGCAACCAGAAACAUUAGAUGGUAAUAAUCAAUAUUUCUGCGAGAAAUGUAAUAAAAAAUGCGACGCACAUAAAGGACUUAAAUUCAAAAAGUUUCCUUACAUCUUAACGCUUCAUCUCAAACGCUUUGACUUUGAUUAUCAAACGUUGCAUCGGAUAAAGUUAAAUGACAAAGUAACUUUUCCUCAACAACUCAACUUAAAUUCUUUCACAACAAAUAUCAACAACAUGGAACAAAACUCAACGUCAACAGCAGCUUCGGCAACAACGAAACCCAAUGACAUUGCAUCCAUUGGAAGUGUCGAAAGUGCUGUAAAAUGUGAUGAUUGUAGCACAACUGAUUCAGUUUUAGAUGAAGAAGGAUCGCAAUAUAAUCAAAAUUCAAAUCAAUAUCCAAGUGAAGGUCAAGAAGAUGAUGAAGGAAUUGAUAUGAGUGUAAAUGGUGAUUGCAAGUCUCUCAUGUCAAAUUCAACAUCAAUUGAUUCAACAAAUAACUCGGGACCAUUUAAUUAUGAUUUAUUUGCAAUAAUGAUUCAUUCGGGAUCGGCAAGUGGUGGUCAUUAUUAUGCAUAUAUAAAAGAUUUCGAAACUGGUUGUUGGUAUUCGUUUAAUGAUCAAACUGUAUCGCCAAUCACACAAGAUGAUAUCAGCAAAUCAUUUGGUGGCAGUGGUGCUUUUAAAAGUUAUUAUUCAGGAUUUAGUUCGAGUACAAAUGCUUACAUGUUGAUGUAUCGUCAACAAGAUCCAGCAAGAAAUAAAUUAGCAAUCAAGCAAGACAACUUCCCACCACAUAUAACAAAACUCGUUGAAAGAAUUAAGAAUCAUGAAGAAGAUGAUCGAAUGAAGAAAGAACGUGAGUCAGAAAUGUUGAAACUCAAAAUUUACUUCAAAAAUCCUUUAACAAAACAAAAAAGUGAUGCAAAAGUUUUCGCCAUAUCAGAGUCAACACUUAAAGAAGUCCUCGAAGAUGCUUAUUCAAGAUUAAAGAUAAAAUCAAUUGCACCAAUAGAACGAUGUCGUCUUGUUGCUUAUGAUAGUCCAAGUGAUGGAAUCGAAAGGAGUUUCGAAGGAAUGGAGAAGGAACAAAUUGGUGACAUCAUGUAUAAGCUCAUAAAUCGAAUGGAAUUAUUAUUGGAGGUUCGUGAUGAAGGAAAAGAGUUUGAAGAAUACUUGCAAGGCGGUGUUACAGUGAAACUUUAUCAAAUUUUCUUAUCAACAUCAAAGAGCGACAUCGAUGGUCCAUUUGAAGUUCGUGCUUAUGAGCAUAAAACAAUUGAACAUUUUAAAACGUCAAUUCGAAAGAAUCUUGGGCUUGAUGACACUUCACCCAUGACAUUAGCAGUUAAACAUUAUGGUAGCAAUGCUAAAAUCCUUCAAGAUGAUGUGACAGUUAAAAGUGAAGACAUUAUUGGUGGAUCGAAAGUGUUUAUGACAGUGGAUAAAGAUUUGGAACGUUUCAAAUCAGCAGUUGAAGAUAUGAACAAUGUUUUGACACUUUACUUUACACUACCAAAUAAUAAAAAAGAAACUUUAGAGAAGCUUUCGAUACCAACGUAUGAAGAGCCAGAGGUCGAGCCAAUAUCAGAGACAGUACGGGAAAAAGAGGAUGAAGAUGUCGUCGACAGUGUUGCUUUUAACAUCAUCAACAACAACAAUUCAACAUCUGGUGAGUGCAACAGUGAGGAUUCUAGUUUAAGUGACUCAGAUCGUACACUUAUUGAUGAUUCAAAUUUCACAGCAACAACAAAUGUGGUGAUCCCAAAACCACCACGUGGAGGCAUUUUAAGGAAUUCAACGUUCGAUAAAAAUGGAAAUGAUGAUGAAUCAACAGAACAUUUCUUUAAAGCGAUUUUGCCAAAUCAUUUUGAUCGUGCUACUUCAGGGAGUGUUGACAGUGGUAAUGAGAAUGAUGAAGAUACAACUGAUAGUUCAGAAAGUCAAAAGAUUCUUAAAGUUUUCGCUGAUCGUCGAAUGAAUGUUAAUACAUUGAAAAUGAAGCUUCAACGUUAUAUCAAAAUUCCGAUGGAAUAUUUUAAGAUUUUUCAUGUUUUAACAGCACAAAGUGAAAGUGAAUGUACACAAUUAACAUCAUCACUUAACAGCACAUUCAAAGAUGAAGAAUGUUUAGCGAUUGAGCUUGGACGUGCUCUUCGUACUGGUGAAUUUAAAGUGAAACUUUAUUAUUUGAAUGUCGCUGAAUUGACUGACAUUGAGAAGCUUCCAUUUGUCUGUGACUACAUUCUUCGUGAGUCCUCUGAAGUUGGACAAACAAAACGUGAGAUUAUUGCGCAUCUUCGUGGACUCGAUGAAAAAUAUGCUAAUCUGACUUAUGAGCGUGCCAACUUGCGUAAAAAGAGCUGGAAAAGUCCAGGACAGAUCUAUUUGGACGAUCAGAAGUUUGGUGAUGAUUAUAUCAUCAAAUCAACUGCCAAUCCUGAUAUUAUCAUUCAAGAACUACAACCAGAUCAAGUUAAUCAUUUAGAUUUUGAUGGUGAACCGAUAAAUGAAGAUAGUAAAUCACUCUUUGUCAGACAAUUUUAUCCUUCAAAGCUGGAGCUUGGAAAGUGGGUCGAAAUCAUGAUAGGAAAAAACAGUGAAUUAAAAGGAAUUAUUUCAAAGAUAUCAGGUAUUGAGGAAGAUAAAAUCAUGUACACAAAGCUAUCACGCUCUUUUGUGAAUACUUCGAUAAUGCAUAUUGAUGGUCUACCAUGGUUUGAUACUUCUGCGACAAUGGAUGAUAAUCACACUUUAAGUGCAACACCUGAUGGCUCAGUUUAUCUUUACAAGGACAACACUGAACCAGUGAAACAACUUACCACCGAGGAACGAUUAGAAAUAUCAAAGAAGGAGAACGCAGUGUCGUCCACAACAAGCACGUACUCAUCACCACGCCGUGAACGUGGCCUUAAAAUCUAUCUUGAUUCACCCAAGAAACGUGACGACUCUUAAAGUUCUCACAUACAAAUCUCUGCUAAAAAUAUUCAAUUUAUUUAAAUUUUUCUAUUAUCUUAACUUUUCUUUUCUUUCAUCAUCCCUCUUCACACAUACACACACAUGCCGUUAUAAUAAAAUUCAAUAUGCCAAGUUCGCUUAAGACUUAAAGAAAAUAUUGAAACAAAUAAGGCUUUGUUUGCUCAAAAUAGCUUCAAUAAAUUUGAUGAAACCAAAAUUAAUUGUUCGAGAGAAAAGAAAAGUUCUUUGAUUUUUCAUGUUUUUGAGAUUUAUCUCAAAGAAAAUUUCAAAGAAACAAAACAAUUUUUAUACAAUUUAUAUCAGAAUAAAUGCUGUUGACUGUUAAAUGGAAAAAAGAAAAAAAAUGUUUUGAUUUCUUAUAAAAGA